AUGCGACAAAUUGAAGAUCAGUUCCAGCUGGAGCCACAUGUGUUGAAACGAAAGGGUGGGGAAGUAGAUAUUUUGAUAGGUGUUAAUUACCCAAAACUACAUGUAGGAAAAAUGAAGGAAAAGGAUGGCAUGGUAGUACAAAAUUCCCCAUUAGGAUGGACUGUAUUUGGAGGGAAUAGGAAUGAUUCAAGUAAUAAACAUCAAGUGAUGAAUGUCAUAAUUCAUACUCCUGUAGACCUUACAAAAUUUUGGACUCUGGAAAGUUUGGGAGUGGAUAUUGGACAAUGUGAUUGCAAGAAAGCCCAGUUAGCUAAUGAAGAAAUUGAGGGAAAACUGAUUGAAGACUCGUGUACUAAAGUAGAUAACAAGUGGACAGUACCGUAUCCAUGGAUUAGGAAUCCUUAUGAACUUAAAGAUAACAAAGCACAAGCAGAGAGAAUGUUGAGAAGCCUAGAAAGAAGGUUGUUAAAGAGCCCUGAUCACGCAGCAGCAUAUGAAAGACAAAUGGAGGAAAUGGUAACAAUGGGGUAUGAAGGAGAGGCCAUCAAUGACUAUUGGGUCAAAGGACCGGACUUGCUAAAUAACUUACUGGGAGUUCUUUUGCGAUUUAGAGAAAAUGAAGUGGCCCUGUGUGCCGACAUAUCCAAAAUGUACCACCGGGUGGCGAUUCCGGAACGAGAUCAACACGUCCAUAGAUACCUAUGGAGAAAUCUUGAAAUUAACCGAGCUCCUGAUGUGUAUAUAAAGCUAAGACUAACGUUUGGAGACAAGCCAGCCCCUACCAUGGCACAGACCGCUUUAAGAUUGACAGCAAGGGAAAAUGAAAUAGAGUAUCCAGAAGCAGCAACGAUCCUUAAAAGAGACACUUAUAUGGACGAUAUUUGCCCAUCUGUCAGAACUAAGGAGGAGGCAAGCAAGAUAAUCCAUGACGUAGAAAAGGUACUUAGUAGUGGCGGUUUCUCUGUCAAAGGUUGGACCUCGAACAAGCAAGUACAAGGCAUAGAUAUCAAGCAAGACAAAGUGGUUAUGAUUGACUCCGAGCAAAGGGUAUUAG